AUGAGAGACCAGAAUAAUGAUUUCUUCUAUGAUAUCGAGAUGGAUGAAGAUAAUAGAAUUACUAAUGUAUUUUGGGCAGAUGCUCGAAGCCAAGCUGCAUGUGACGAGUUCGGUGAUGUCGUGUCGUUUGACACCACGUACUUAACCAACAAGUACGACAUGCCAUUUGCUCCAUUUGUAGGAGUUAACCACCAUGGACAAUCGAUCAUACUUGGUUGUGGAUUGCUCUCCUUAGAGGACACUUCUUCAUUUAUAUGGUUAUUCAAAUGUUGGUUAAGAUGCAUGGGAAACAAGGCGUCGGACAGUAUUGUAACCGAUCAAUGCAAGGCCAUGGCAAAUGCAAUUGAAGAAGUGUUCCCAAAAACAAAACAUAGGUGGUGUUUGUGGCACAUAAUGAAAAAAAUACCUGAAAAAUUUCAAGGCUAUAAGAAUUAUGUUGGAAUCAAGUGUGAUAUAAACGUGGUUAUCUAUGAAUCAGCUAAUGCAAUUGACUUUGAAAGUGGUUGGAAACAACUACUUACCACACAUGGCUUAGAGAAUAAUGAUUGGCUAUGUAAUUUGUACGAAGAGAGAGGGAAAUGGGUUCCAUGUUACUUGAAGAAUCACUUUUGGGCUGGAAUGUCAACUACUCAAAGAAGCGAGGGAAUGAAUGCUUUCUUUGAUGGAUUUAUUAAUUCCACUACCACACUACAAAAAUUUGUGAUUCAAUACGAUAAUGCUCUUAAAGUGAAGGCCCAAAAAGAAAUAGAAGUUGACUUUGCCUCUCUAAAUACAAUAGUUCUAUGUGGGUCUCAAUCACCAAUUGAGAGACAAUUUCAAGUUGAGUACACACAUGAAAAAUUUGAGGAAGUACAAAUUGAGUUUCGAUCAAGGAUGAAUUGUUUCAUUAAAGACACGGUGAAUGAAUGUAUUUUCAACAUCUACACAAUCAAAGAAGAGUGCAUGUGGGAUGGAAAAUGUGCGCCAAAAUAUUACCAUGUUGAAUUUGAUCCUGUUUUAAAAGAUAUAACUUGCUCUUGCCUACUGUUUGAGUUUAGAGGCAUUAUAUGUCGACAUUCUCUAUUGGUUCUCGGUCAGGAAGAUGUCCAUAAUGUACCCUCGAAAUAUGUACUUCGCCGUUGGAGCAAAAACAUCCGAAGAAAGCACACACUUAUUAGAGCAGCUUAUAGUUCUUUACAGCAUGAUCCCAAGAUGCAAAGAUACCAAACUUUGUGUCAGCAGUUUUAUAAUCUGGCUGAGGCUGCAUGUGAAUCUGACUGUGCUUCUGAUCAGUUGGAAAAAGAUUUGAAAUCUCUUGCUAAAAAGUUCGGUUUGAGUUCAUCGCUGAAAAAUAACAUCCCCACGAUGCGAUGA